ACCCAUCUUAAAAGUUGUCAAGGUUGAAAAACACUGUUGUACAGUAUUUCAUUUCUAAUCCAUUUCUCUCUGUCACAUGAUUUCUGAAGUACCUUCCAACCAGUGGUGAAAUCCGAAUUUUUUUGCUACCAGUUCUGUGGGCGUGAAAAUGUUGGAUAGCCAUUUGUCUGAAAUAGUGUAGGGUUUCCUGCCUCGGCAAGGGGUUGGACUAGAAGACCUCCAAGGUCCCUUCCAACUCUGUUAUUGUGUUAUUAUGCUUGGUGGGCAUGACAGGGGAAGGAUAUUGCAAAAUCUCCAUUCCCACCCCACUCUCUGGGGCCAGCCAGAGGUGGUAUUUGCUGGUUCUCUGAACUGCUCAAAAUUUCUGCUGCCGGUUCUCCAGAACCUGUCAGAACCUGCUUCCAACUCACUUUUUGAUAACCCCACAUCAAGAUAGGCAGCCAACAAAUGCAAUAAAUAAAUUCUGGUGUCACAGGUCCCUUUCAGUGAUGGGUUUCAAAUUUUUUUACUACCGGUUCUGUGGGUGUGGCUUGGUGAAUAUGGCAGGGGAAGAAUACUGCAAAAUCCCCAUUCCCUCCCCAAUCCAAGGGAAGGAUACUGCAAAAUCCCCAUUUCCUCCCAAUCAGCUGAGACCUGAGAGGCAGGGAAUAGAUGCGGGUGGGGCCCGUCAGAAUUUUUACUACCGGUUCUCCGAACUACUGAAAAUGUUCACUACCGGUUCUCCAGAACUGGUCAGAACCUGCUGAAACCCACCUCUGGUCCGUUUGCCAUCCAACCGUUGAUUCACUAAUGCGUUUAGUUGCAAAAAUCCUCCUGCUUGAGCAGGGGUAGGGUCGGACUAGAAGACCCCCCAAGGUCCCUUCUGCUAUUCUAAUCCCAGGCUUGGCGCCCUUAAUCCUUUUCGUAACGCCACCAGUCGUAUUUCGAAGACCACCUGCAGCCCUCAAAGAGGAAUUAAGUUGAGUUAAUUAAGAAAAUAUAACAGCCUUGAUCCCGAUGGGGGACUUUCCCUUCCGCCAACCAACCCGGGCGCAUCCCCAGCGCCCUCCUGCGUUUGUCCGGAUUUUUUUUUUUAAAGGCCAAGGCUGGGCAGCCCUAAACCGACGUUCUCCUCCCCCGAAGCUACCCGCUCCGCUCUCCCCCCACGCCUGGGAAGGUGGAGACUUGGCGGGGAGGAGGGUCACAGCCUCGGCUGCCCUCCAACCUGACGCUCCCUGGCUGGGCGGAGACCAGGCAGGCGUCUCUUUUCCCCCACCCUUCCUUCCGUCUCCACGUUGCGCCAGGGCGAGGCAGCCGCGUCCGUGUAAGCCAGCCGCUGUAUCGGGAGGCCGGGCGUCUGUCCGUCUGUCCGAUCUUGCCUUGGGGAAGCCGGGCGAGCCUUGUUUUCCAAGAGGCGCCUCCGGACGACGGGUUCCCCGCUUCCGAAGAGGCGUCAUGUCAGGCUUGGAUUAUCUGGCCGCCGAGUGCCUGAUGUCCAUCUCCAGCGGGGCCUUGAUCCACCCGGCCUCCAGCCUCAUCAGCGCCAAAGAAGAGCGAGGCGGGCGUCCCCCUUCCCUCCCCGGCGCUCGUCACCCGGGCCGCCCCGGCUCUGCGCUUUCGGAUUGCAGCGGGAGCUGUUCCUCUUCUCCCGGCGGGAGCGAGCCGCGAAGCGGCGUCCCGAUCCUGCCGCAGGCGGGGGAGCUUCCCCGAAGAGCCGGCGCUGACAGCCCCGCCAACCUCUCCGCCAUCUCCCCGGCUAAAAGGCACCAAUGCCCUUUCCAAGGCUGCAUUAAGGUCUACGGCAAAUCGUCCCAUCUGAAGGCGCAUCUGAGGACGCACACCGGUGAGCGUCCAUUCCCAUGCAAUUGGGCUGGCUGCCAGAAGAGGUUUGCACGCUCCGAUGAGUUAGCCCGCCACUUCCGCACCCACACCGGCGAGAAGCGCUUUGCCUGCCCACUCUGCGAGAAGCGGUUUAUGCGGAGCGACCACCUGACCAAGCACGCCCGCCGCCACCCGGCUUUCCAGCCUGGCAUGGUCCGACGAUCUGACUGCUACAGAGCCUCCCCUACUGACUCAGCUGGCAGCAGCUUGGCUGGCAGCCCUGCCCCUGGCAGCCCCGCCUCUGAUAGCCCCGCCCCUUAAAGGGGGCAUGCCACCUUGUUUUUUGCCCUUCCCAGACCUGGCCUCUAGGGAGAGACCAGGUACUAUUUCAGGGGCAUUUUUUUGAUUCAGAAACUUGGUUUCCCUGUCACUUCCAGUUAUGAUUUAAUAUGCCUUAUUUCAGAAAAAACAGAGCUCCUUCUUGUGCUUGGUGGGCAUUUUGAUUACUGUACCAAUCCCUCUCCCUGCUUGCUUCCAAGCUGUAGCCUCUAUGCACAUUCCCAUCCCACCCAGGCUGAGGGUGGCAGGAUUUGUGGAAAUCAGUCCAGCAGACUUGAUUAAACUUUAUUGAUGUUCCUUUGAAAAAAAGGUCCCCUUGUGGCCCCCGGUCAGGGGCUAAGAGAUGAUUUCCUACCCCUUGGUCAAAGAGAUAGUCCAACCAUCAUUUUGCCUCAAUUUCCCAGCUGCAAAGAAACUUUAUUCCAGGGGCGUGCAACCUUGGCAACUUUAAAACCUGCGUUUCAGUUUCCCCAGCCUGGGGAAUUCUGGGAGUUGAAAUCCACAGGUCUUAAAAUUGCCCAGAUUGGAUACCUCUGCUUUAUUCCAAGAUCUUGUGUUUCAUAUUGUUGGAACUGUUCAGCCCUGCUGUUCCCUUAUCAUGGCUGAUUUUCACAUUCAAUUGUAGCCCUCAGGAAAAGAAAGUACUUUGUUCAAAUUUCACUUAGCUUUAAGCCACUCUUCCCGGCCAACCCAUUGAUAACGGAGAACCUAUUGACUCUUCACAUUUAGAAACAGAGUAUGGUGGAAACUGCUCUCUGUGCGUUUGGCCUCCUUGCAUUUGAUAAUCAGAAUUAACGUGCCUCUGAAUAAGGAAGACCCAUCUUUUAGCUAUCAAGGCUAACAACAAAACAUACGAAAUCAUGGCUUUCCAUCUUGUCUCCCCAUCCUAAAUUGAUUGUUUGCAAACUAUCUUUUGGGGAAAUGUUCAAGCUGACAUAGGCCCUUUGACACUAGAACUGCAGCAAGAGUGGGAGAUAAUUUUUUUCCCCCCCACAGGGAAAUUGGGUGUUGGUAACUAACUUUUUGACCUGAUACUGUAUGUAAAUAUAUUUUUUCCCCAGGUCAACUUUACUGAAGGUUAAAAAAAGGAUGAGGACCUGUUUCUUACAGGUGUAUCUGUUUCAGGGGUGUGUGCGUGUGUGUGUUUAUGGUUUUUUUUAUAAAAUAUGUAUUUAUUCCUUUUAAGAUAGAAUGUAGGAGACCAGUGGUAAAGUUUUAUUGUCUGACUGGUUGGCACAUGGAUGAACUAAAGCUGAAAGGAAUGGGAUUUUUAGUACGACUCAGGACACCUAAAAGCACUUUUUCUCACUUUCAUGGGGCUGUGGCAACUGCGCUGCACAGCUGUACACCAGGCAAGCGUGUGUAUGUGUGUGUGCGUGUGUAUUCCUUGUUUAAAAAUGGAUGCUUUGAUGCUUUUGGUGAUGGUGGCUCUUUGCAAGCUGUCAGGUGUCUCUCAACAAUGCUAGACAGGAAGCAGGCCCGAGCAGGCAUUCGAGGACACAAAACUCCAGAUUUAUGGUGGUGAAAAAGGGAAUGCAGCCAUUAUGAAAGAAUUUCAGUGAUUGCUCUGUAUUAAAUGCAAAGCACAUGUAUUGUGAAAUCAGGGUCUAUUUUCUGGUGGCUUCUGGUGCCCAUAAGGCGUGGCUGGUGUGAAGCUGCUGUUCUAGUAUCAGGCUGUUCGCUUUUGACUUGGUGAGAAUUGGCUCUUGUAUAAAAAGCAUUUUUGAUUUCCUUCGAUGCUCUGCUUCUGAAAAUGUAAAUCCAUUUAUGCAGACACGGCUGUCUUCGCACUUGCGUUUUGAGAACAAGCCAUGCUGUCACCAUUCUCUGCCUUGCAAAUAAGGUGGAGUAGAGUAAUGCCAUCUGGGGGAAGAGGUACCAUUUAGAUGUUUCACAGGAUAACAGUAGAAGGAACUGGGAAUAGAUGUUGCCAUAUUAACAAGUCUUGACCUCGCCCAGGUAGUUCUCGACUUACAACAGUUCGUAUAGUGACUGCUCAAGGUUAAAACGACCCUGAAAGAAGUGACUUAUGACCGUUUUUCACACAACUGUUGCAACAUCCCCAUGGUCAUGUGAUCAAAUUCAGACGCUUGGCAACUGAACCAUAUUUAUGAUGGUUGCAGAGUCCCAGGGUCAUAUGAUCCCCUUUUGCGAACUUCUGACAAGUAAAAUCAAUGGGAAAGCCAGAUUCAAUUAACAGUCGUGUUAUUAAAUUAACAACUGCAGUGAUUCACUUAACAACUGUGGCAGGACAGGCUGUAAAGUGGACCAAAAUUCACUUAAUAACCAUCUCAUUUAGCAACAUAAAUUUUGGGCUGAAUUGCGGUGGUUAAGUCUAGGACUGUACUGUAUAGGUAGGCCUCAACUUACAGCCACAAUUGGAACUGGAAAAUUCUUCGUUGAGCGGUGUGGUCAUUUAAGUGAGGCAUCCCUUAAACAGGCAUUUUACCACCUUUUUUGCCAUGGUUAUUAAGUGAAUCAUUGUGAUUGUUCAGCGAGACGUCACGUGACUGCUUGUGAGCAUGCCUGCUGGCUUCCCCAUUGAUUUCGCUCGUCAGAAGCCAGCUAGGAAGGUGGCAAAUGAGGAUCACAUGACCAAGGGAUGUUGCAAUGCUAAUAAAUGCAAGCCAGUUGCCAGGCACCCAGAUUGUGAUUAUGUGACCGCCUGGAAUGCGGCAGUAGUUGUAAUUGUGAGGACUGAUCAUAAGUCAUUUUUUUCAACACCAUUGUAAACUUACAGUUGCUAGAGAAUGGUUGUAAGUUGAGGACUACUUGUAACUUAGGCCAGGGGUCUCCAGCCUUGGCAACUUUAAGACUUGUGGACUUCAACUCCCAGAAUUCCUCAGCCAGCUUUGCUGACUGAAUUCUGGGAGUUCAAGUCCACAAGUCUUAAAGUUGCCAAGGCUGGAGACCCCUGACUUAGGUUACCCGUGACAGCAAUCUUUCAGUUGGCUUGGACUCCAGCUUCUAAACUUCCCAGUUUAGGAGGGGAGGGACUGGUUAAGAAUUAUUGGAUUGGGACCGAUUGGGGUAACAAAGCAAUUGAGGUAAGUGGAAUGGGAACUGGGGAGAGAAGAAGUAGCCUAGAAAAUAACAUCCAGCCAGUUUAAUUUGAAAUAGGAAUCCACCUGGAGGAGCAUUAAAUCUUGUGUCUUCAAAUGCAGCCCUGUGGACUGAUUCCAGGAUGCACUGCCCCCCCCCCGUCCUUAUUUAUUUGAACUCAGGGCCCCAUUGAUCCUAGGCCUUAUAGAUUUCCAGUGGUCAAAAGCAAAGGCAGGACAGAAAAUUUAUAGUAUUGGAAAGAGGCACUAUAGCCAAUGAAGUUAAUCCAACUGUCCAUUGCAAGAAACCAAAUGAAAGCAAUCUGGAUAUCCAGCAUAGAGUUCACCGAUACUUUUGAUCGUUGGUUCCAGAUUAUCAUUGCUCUUGACAUAAGAAAGGCUUUCUUAUUAUUGAAGAUGAAUAUGCUUUUGCAUAACUUUAAGACCAUUGUUUUGUGUCCUGGUACCGUAGGAAAAUAGAAACGAGGUUAGAUGUCUUCUUUUGCUUGAAUAACUUCUGCUCUAGAAGUUUUGGGUGCCUAUAUAGAUUUCUGAUGUGCUCCAGGAGUGAAGUGGAGUAAAUACCUUAUCCCAUACAUGUCACUAGACAACUGAUUUUUUUUUAUAGAUAGAGAAAUGGAUAUAUUUAAAAAGGAUCCAACCUUCCUCUUUUACAAUAUAUAAUCAAACUGGUAUUUUAUUAAAGGAAAGUCCAGUAUAUUUUCUUUCUUUUGAAAUAAUGAAAACUUGCGCUUACUGCUGGAACAUGGGUAUUUUUGUAGGAAGAAAUCAAGUCAUGUUGCACUUCCAAAGUUUUAGAGGAGAAUUCUGAUUUUGGUGGAGAUGCUACAGUAUUUUUUUAUUAGAACAAAAGACACCCCUCUUUAUCCUUUCCCCAUGCAUUUAUAAUUGGUAGUCUUCUCUGCUGAGAUACUGGCUACAGGAAGAGGGAAAAAUAAUAUAUGUAGGAAAUAAAAUUCUUACCAAGAACCCCCACCUCUGCCAGAAUGCCAUGAUUUUUAAAGGUUUAUAAUCCCAGAACAUCUAUGGCGAUUGCUAAUGGAAAAGUGAUGAAAACGGUUUUACAGAUGCAUUUAUUUUACAUGAUUAUGUACACAUGUUUAUGCUCUAGUGGACCCUCUGCUUUAAAACCCAUCUCUGUAUUUUGAUCAGUGUAUCUGUUGCAUGCUGUUGUGUGCUGUGUUUGAGUUGAGAAGGAGUUACUUUCAUUUUCUCCAAAUCUGUAUUUUUAAUAAUAAGCACUGAAAUUUGGUGCACCAUUUUUGCGUGUAUUUUCUCUGUUCUAUUUUUAAAUAAAAUGAACAAAACCAGA